AUAUUUCCUCGGAAUUCCGUCGGUAUAUUCCGAGGAAACCAAAUUUUGUGUUUCUCGGAAUUUCCUCGGAAAUUCUUCGGGAUAUUCCGAGGAUUUCAUUUUCCGUCGGAAUGUCCGUCAAAAUAUCGUUGUUUUCUUAUAGUGUAAGACAACUAACUUUUAUUUAAGAUCUCACCAAAAGAGUGUGAUUCUCCUUAGACCAUCAUUAUCGGGGCCUCUUAUAAGGUCUCUUAGUUUAAUUAUGAAUUAAAAAAAAAAAAGAAAUAGCAAUAAAUACAAGGGACGACUCUUAAUUAGGCUACACAAGAGACGCCUAUUGUAACCCACAUGUCAUCUCCUCCGAUCCAUCUCCCUCUCUUCUACGUUCCUCCAUUUUCUACGAAAUCAAUCAUCGAUCAAAACUGGUUCGAUCGAUGAACAAAACUAUGAAAUUGGAUGUGAAUCGAUGGAUUAAUAAAAGAGAAAGAAAAAAAGAGAGUCUUUUCUCUUUCUUUUGCGAGAGAGAGAGAGAGAGAGAGAGAGAGAGAGAGAGGAACAGAGCUCUGAUAAUGGUGAACUUGGGCUUAACAGAGCUCUAACAGUCGACUCCUCUCCUCCAAUCGAGGAGGAAGAACCCAAAACGCAGAGAUUCGACCCAGGCGCCCUUCCUCCGUUACGUCGUGAGAGAUGUGCGAUCGUGUUUGCGUUGGCUGCUGGAGCUGCUUACCUCAACAAUUGGCUUGUUUGGCCUCUCUAUUGGUUUGCUCAAGGAACCAUGUUCUGGGCUCUCUUCGUUCUUGGCCUCUAUUCUUGUCCCUUACCAUGGCUGGUUCGUUUUGCUUUCAAACCUAUCUCUGGGAAGCAACUUGCUGAUUAUUUUUGUCUUCUACAUGUUUAAGUAUAUGGCCUUUGAUUGAUCUGCAAGAGAAUUAGCCACAGAACUCACCACCAGAACCAUGGACAUGUUGAGAACGACUAAUCUUGGCAUCCUAUGUCUGAGAAAAUCUACAAGAGUUUAGACAAACCCACUCGGUUCUUUAGAUUUACACUGCCUCUUGUGAUGCUUGCUUAUCCUUUCUACUUGGUCAAGACAGAGUCAAAGAAUGGAGCAUUGGGAGUUUUCUUGUGUCACGGAGUGGAGGAAGUCUUGUAGUUUUCUGUCUUGUUGUCUUGUAGCAUUGGGAAUAAGCUUGUAGUUUUCUGUCAUGGAGGAAGUCUUGUAGUUUUCAGUCACUUUUGAUCACACACAUACUCUCUCAGAUCAUCUUGUGUAGACAUGUUUUUCAUAAAAUAUUUUUUUUUGAAGAACUCUUAACUAAGAGACUUGCAUUGGAGAUAGUAAAUAUUAAAAUCUCUUUAGCUAUGUCUUUUAAGUCACUUUACUACUUAAAAACUAUUAAAAAAUAAUUAAGACAAGAGGUCAGGGGCGGAGCUAGAGAAAAAAUUUGUGGGGAGGCAAAAUAAAAUUAUGCAUAGAACUAAGGAUAGGUUUGUUAAAAGAUAGGGGGGCAAAUUGAAAACUAGUCAAUGUUUUACACUGAAUCUUUAAAAUGAGUCGGGGGCAGCUGCCCCCCUGUUAUUAUGUUGUUAUUAUGUGGCUCCGCCACUGCAAGAGUUUUGGGAUAACGAUGCUCUUAUAGCCAGGGUUUUAGAUUCCAUACUUUUUUUUUCAAAUAAAAGGAAAAUGCACUGCUAAACUUGAGGAGUUAUCUCAUCUUAUCCGAAAAAUCCACUCAUAGUUUAAUUUUCUAAAAUAAUAUCUGACUUGUUCAAAUUUCUAUAAAAUUCCAAUUUUUAAACAUACAUUUCAUCUUAUUUGCUCGCUUUAUCUUUGAGAAUAGGUCAAACAAAUUGAGAAAGAAUAUUCUUAUACUUCUUGUUUCAGUUGUAUGCUUUUAGAUUAAAAAACAUACUAAUAAUUAUAGAAAAUCAAAAAGAAUUAUUAAAAUAAAAUUUAAGAUAACUUAACCAAUAAGAGAUUACCGAUUCCAACAUCUCCGGGAACAAAGCAAAGCUUUCUCUUCUUUCUUUCUUUUUUAUUUUCUUGGGAAAACAAAACCAGACUUGCAUGCUGUGAAGACUCUGAAAUGCAACCAUCGCAUCGCCUCUUCUCUCGUCUCUUUCAUUCUCCGGUGAAGGGUUACAGCAGAGCGACAAAUGUAGGCGGCUCACUUCACGUAUUGUUGCAAUUCGACGACACAAACAACGGAGCUGUAGAGACCCAUCGGAGUUUUAGCUCUCUUAUCCGUUCCACUUGGCAGUUAUCUAGUCGAGGUCUUGGCGGCGUGCGAUGCUCUGUUUCGCUCGAUAGAGAUGUUCCCCUUAUUGAGCUGUAUACUUCUCACCGGAAUUUGUUCACUCGGGCUAAACAAGCCAAGAGAAUUGAGAUCAAUGAUCAACAUAGUCAAAGAGCUGUCACUACUGCACUAUGGUGCAACUUCCUUGUGUUUUCUCUCAAAUUUGGUGUUUGGUGGACAAGUUCUAGCCAUGUCAUAAUGGCUGAAGUUGUUCACUCCGUCGCUGAUUUUGCUAACCAGGCGCUUCUUGCUUAUGGUCUCAGUAGCUCAAGGCGUGCACCAGAUGCUAUUCAUCCCUAUGGCUACUCAAAGGAAAGAUUUGUAUGGUCUUUGAUAUCUGCUGUUGGCAUCUUUUGCCUUGGGUCUGGUGCUACCAUUGUUAAUGGAGUACAGAACUUGUGGACUUCUCAGCCACCUCCAAAUAUGGAAUAUGCUGCUGUGGUAAUUGGUGGCUCUUUUUUAAUUGAAGGUGCAUCACUUCUAGUUGCAAUACAAUCUGUGAAAAAAGGAGCUGCACAAGAAGGCAUGACCAUAAUAGAUUAUAUAUGGCGUGGUCAUGAUCCUACUUCUGUUGCUGUUAUGACUGAGGACGGCGCUGCAGUGGCAGGUUUGGCAAUAGCUGCGGCUUCUCUGGUUGCUGUUAAGAUGACAGGAAAUGCUAUUUAUGAUCCUAUAGGAUCCAUUGUAGUUGGAAAUUUACUUGGAAUGGUUGCUAUAUUUCUCAUACAACGGAACCGACAUGCCUUGAUUGGAAGAGCAAUGGAUGAUCAAGACAUGCGUAAAAUUCUUCAUUUUCUAAAGAACGACUCGGUUGUAGAUGCUCUAUAUGAUUGCAAAAGUGAAGUGAUUGGUCCUGGAUCCUUCAGAUUUAAAGCUGAAAUAGAUUUCAAUGGGCAGGUUGUUGUCCAAAACUAUUUGAAGAGAACUAAGCAUGAAGAGUGGGCAAAACUGUUUCGCGAGGCUGCAAAGAAAGGAGAUGAUUCUGCAAUGCUUAAUAUUAUGUCAAACUACGGUGAGGAAGUAGUAACGGCUUUAGGAAGUGAAGUAAUCCGGUUAGAGAAACAGAUCCGAGAGCUUGUCCCUGGAAUCCAGCACGUUGACAUCGAAGCACACAAUCCCAUGGACCAAUCUCUAUGAUCUGAAAAAAAAAAAGUUGCUCUUCUUCAAGGUCUGAGUAGUUAUGGAUAAUUCUCUUUUGGCCUAAAUAAUGGAAACCAAAGCUAUGGCUGUAGUAAGAAGCCUGGCGCUCUUGGAGAAAUUGAAAGAGUUGAUGGAUUCUUCUAUAUCUUCGUUUCUGAUACAAGUAGAAGACUUAAAAGUCUCAUGAGUGACUUUGAAAUUCUAUGUGUACAAGAGCUGAGUUGUGAUUCUGAUCUAUAUUAUUUUUUAUGUACACAACUAUGUUUUUGGUACUUUCUGACCGCAACAAGAACAGAAUCACAUUAAAAUCACAGGUAUGUGAGUGUUAUGUCUCUAUACUCGUGUAGGUUCGACUCU